GUUCAGGAUGGUUUGAAACUCACAACAAUCCUGUGAGCUCCACCAUGUCUGCUGCAGCUGAUGAGACCGCAGAGGACCAGCCUGUGAGGGACGUGGGUCUCAGUCGCCUUCCAAAUGGAGUCCUCCAAGAGGCCCCCGUGGCCCAGAAUGCAAAGGCUCGGCAGGCCGUGUCUCGAAUCAGCCGGGAGGAGCUGGAAGACCGCCACCUUCGCUUGCAGGACGAGAAUCUCUUGCUGAAACAGCAUGCCCGUAAACAAGAGGAUAAAAUCAAGAGAAUGGCCACCAAGCUCAUCCGGCUGGUUAACGACAAAAAAAGAGCCGAUCAGAUCGGGGGCGGCCCCAAGCGGCUGGGCCAGGACGUUGAGAUGGAGGAAAUGAUCGAGCAGCUGCAGGAGAAAGUGCGGGACCUGGAGAAGCAAAACGACGGCCUCCGCAACAGGCUCAUUUCCACCAAGCAGCAGCUUCAGCUGCAGGGGCACCGGCAGGCGCCCUACAGUUACAUUCAGGCCCGCAUCAACACCGGCCUCCGGAAGGCCAAUGAGGGCACCGGAGUCCAGGAGCGUGUCAGAAAAGGCAUGCGAUUGCAGGAUGUGGAUGUCAGAUCUCUGAAAUCUCCCCAAGCCUUGCCCCCCAGAUACGGACAAAGCCUCCUUGAUGACGCAAGAGCCGAGAUAAGAAAUCUGGAGAACGUGGUUGAAUCACAAAGGGCGCACAACGAGGAGUUGGCACGUACGGUAGAAGCACUCGGAAAUGAAAUCAGGAGGAAGGAAGAGGAGUUUGAAGAAUCCCUCCUGCAACUGAAGGAGCAUCAGGCGACAGGCCAGCGGUUAACCAUUCGGGACAAUGUUGAAAUGAUCAGACUCAACAAACAGUUGAUGGAGAAGAGCAACACAUUGUCUGCAGUGGAAGCAAAAUUGCUUCAGCUUCAAGAGAAUCAAAAGAACCUCAAAGCAAGCCACGAUGCUUUAAUGGCUAACGGAGAUGAGCUCAAUCUGCAGCUUAAAGAAGAACGAGUGAGAUGUCUCCACCUUGAGAAAGAGCUGCAGGCCGUGACUUUUUCAAAGCGACGGUUGGAAGAGCUACAAGAAAGAAUUAACGAUUUGGAAAAAGAGAGGGACCUUUUAAAGGAAAACUAUGAUAAGUUAUAUCAAAGUGCCUUUGGCGUGACCAACGACCAGCAGUGGAAGUUGAAGGAGCAUCAGCUGAAACUGCAGAUUGCUCAGCUCGAGGCCGCUCUGAAGUCGGAUCUAGCGGACAAAAACGAGCUCCUGGACAAAAUAAAAGCAGAAAGAGAACAAAAUGAAAAGCUGACGCAGGAGAAUAAAGAUCUGCAGCUACACUAUCUGGAGCAGAAGCAACAGCUGGAUGAACUGAAAAACCGCAUGAAGUUUUUCACCAAGGAGAGCGACAUCGACGUGGCAGAACUCACUGAGGCUCUCCUGCUUCUAAAGGCUCGGCGGCAGCAGGCGAGUGGCAACCUCACGUUUCUGGAGCAGGUCGAUGAAGACAUUCACAAAGACUUGGAACGGUCCAUGCGGGAGCUCCAAGCAACCCACGCAGAAACCAUUCAAGAGCUCGAAAAGACCCGCAAUAUGUUAAUUGUACAGCAUAAAAUUAACAAAGACUAUCAGGCAGAAGUGGAAGCGGUAACAGAGAAGAUGGAGGCGCUGCAGCAAGAUUACGAGUUAAAGUUGGAACAGUACGUCCAUCUCCUUGACGUUAGGGCUACGCGGAUCCGUAAAUUAGAAGCCCAGCUGAAGGAUAUCGCUUAUGGAACCAAGCAGUACAAAUUCAGGCCCGAAAUCAUGCCGGAUGAUCCGGUUGAUGAAUUUGACGAAACCGCCCACUUGGAGCGGGGGGAGAACUUGUUCGAAAUCCACAUCGGCAAAGUGAUAUUUUCCACAGAAGCCGUCAAGGCUUUCCGCGAUCAGGAGCCUGCAACUUUCUGUACCUACUCGUUUUACGAUUUUGAACUGCAGACGACUCCAGUUGUCUGGGGCCUAAACCCAGCCUACAAUUUCACUUCUCAGUAUCUUGUGCGGGUGGAUGACUUCUUUUUGCAGUACGUGCAGAAGAACACUGCCACGCUUGAGGUACACCACGCCUACGGCGUGGACUUUGAAACAGCUGCUGCCUGCCAGCUCAGGUUCCACGAAAUAUUGGAGAAGAACGGCAGAAUCUACGGUUCGGCCAUUUUAGUCGGAGUCGGAGGAGACCUCCAGAACUAUGGCUCCGUGGAAUACUGGGUCAGGUUAAGGGUCCCCAUGGACCAAGCAAUCAGACUCUAUAAAGAGCGGGCGAAAGCUCUGGGAUACAUAACAGCGAACCUAAAAGACCAGCCUUUUAUCUCUCUUUUAAACCAGCCAGUUCUCAGUCCUUCCCAAAUCAACACUUCAGCAGAUGGAAACUUAAACGAGCUCCACAUCACAGUAAAAUGUUGCAGCAAUCUGCAGUGCCGGAAUAGCCACCUCCAACCAAGCCCUUACAUCGUCUACAAGUUCUUUGAUUUCGCGGACCACGACACCGCCAUCAUUCCCAGCAGCAACCACCCACAGUUUGCCGACCACGCAUGCUUCCCGGUGCCGAUGAACGCCGACCUUGACCGCUACCUGAAAUCUGAAUCCUUGAGCCUGUACGUCUUUGAUGACAGUGAGACAGAAGAGGGGGCUUAUAUCGGAAAAGCAAAUGUCCCCUUAAUCUCAUUGGCUCACGACAGAUAUAUUUCAGGUAUCUUUGAACUAACAGAUUACGAGGGCCAUUCCACCGGCACCAUUAGCGUGGAACUAAAGUGGAAAUACGCUUACCUCCCUCCCACCAGUUCAGUCAUGGCGGUGGAUUUGACGAAUUAUAUCCGGAAUGAGAAGCCAGUGAAGGGCCAGGGAGAACCUCCAGUCCUGGCCCCUUCUUUCUCUCCACCAGCAACGAGGCCACAGCCUAAGCCAAGACAGCGGCCAGCUCUGGCGGAGAAGAAAGUGUCUUUUGUAGACGUGGACACGCUGCUGGAUUCGGUGAGUCUUAAAGGUUCUGUUCCCAAACUGUGCAAAACGGUGGCAGACAUUCAAGAGGAAAGCGAGGAUCUUUCUCAGCUCUCCGAAGGACAGUUCGCCGACCAGAGCUCAGCUACUUCCGGAGAAGAAACAGAAAUCACCGAGGAACUGGAACCGGGAGAUCAAGAUGACACACAGGGAACAGAUGCCGUUGAAUCCGCAACAGACAGUGAUGAGUGUGUUGUUCCAAGUAUAGAAUCCCUGAGUCUCAAGCAGACUGCUGAAAAAAUCCGGAUUGAAAUCAUAUCCCUCAGUCUCACAGAAUCCCCGAUCACAGCGGAUAGCACGAUACAGCGGCUCUUUGUGGAGUGCAAGUUCUCCAGUUUCCCGGCCGAUGAAACACCAGUGUCGCUUCCAAAACCCAGGAGCGGGCAGUGGAUCUCCUACAAUUACAGCAAUGUGAUCCGCGUGGAUGAGGCCCAUAACAAAGCCAGGCGAGAUUUCCUCAAGGCCGUGCUUCGAGGAUCCGAGCCAAGCCCUGGAAGCAUACGAUUUACGGUGGUAAGUGACCCUCCAGAAGAUGAACAGGAUCUUGAGUGUGAAGAUAUCGGCUUAGCAUAUGUCAGCCUAAGUGAGAUGUUUCGGAAAGGAAAGGACAUAAUUGAAGAUGACAUCGAUGUGUUUGAUUUGGAAGAUGAUGGGACCGUGAUCGGAAAGCUCAAAAUAACAGUGGAAGCCCUCCAAGCUCUGCGCUCCAUCUAUGAGGAACUCUGAAAUUGGUGGAAGGCUGAAAUACAAGUGCCUCAUCUUAUAGGACGCUGCUUCACCCAGCAUAACCCGCACUAGAGAGCUCGUGGGAAGAUGCUGCGAUAUAUUUAAUGUAUAAUUUAUAUGUAAAGGGUGCAUAAUUUUCAGUUGUAAAGUUUGUAUACUUUUUCGGUCUGUUUUGGUUUACGA